GAAAAAGAAGAAUUCGUAGGCGCUGAAACAUGAGGAAUGGUGCGAUUAAGAAAGUUGGAAAAGGCAAAGAAGAAAUCUCUGAAAUCUCUUAGUCCUCCUUCAAGACCUCCUCGUGUUGGUGAUAAAUUCUUGACUUUAACACAUCGAAGGACAUACAUUGUGCCGGGAACGACAAAGAUCCGUAUAACGAAUGAUUCUGAAUCCAGUGAUUCAGACGAGACUCCAGAUGAAGACCAAUCAAUUCCAUAUGGUAUAAGAGGUGAUGAUGAUGAUGUUGAUGAAAGCACUCCGGCUGCUGGUGGAGGUAACAAUGAUGAUGAUGAUGGUGAUCAAGACAUGCCUGCUGUUGGAGAAGGUAAUGAUGAUGACGAUGAUGGUAAUGGAGGUAAAGGUGAAAGUGAUUGUCAAGAACUCCGGGUUGUAGCCUGCGGUGGAGAGUUUGAAUAUUGA